AUGGUGCUUCGACCUUUUGUGGACGAGCCGAAGGGCGAGGUAGCCAACUACCCGUACUUCGAGCGCGGCAAGGACAGCACCAUGGCGUACCUGUAUCGCCUCUUUCAGGAGCGGAUCGUCAUGUUUGACGGGGCCAUGGGCACCAUGAUUCAGAAGUAUAAGCUAGGGGAGGAGGAUUACCGCGGAGAGCGGUUCAAGGCGAGUGCUGCCUGCCGUUGUUCACGUUUGCAGCACUUGCUUGGUAGGUAG